GCAUUAAAAUAUUUAGAUAAGAAUUUUAAUGAAAAAAAAAACCUUAUAUACACUUAUUUUUUUCGGACAAAAAAUUAAAAUAGAGAUUUUUUUUUACAAUUCAGGCACCAUUAAUAAGAAUAAAUCAUUGUUAAUUAAUCCACUAAAUUCAGUAGUUGGAUGAACCCUAGGUUGCUAUGAAGCUAUUAGGCCUUAGAACUUUAAGAAAUUCAAUGGCUUUAGUUAAAAAGAAAGCACUUUAACUCAAAUUCCACUCUCUUAUGAUAUCCUUUAUGCCUUCCCCCAAUCUUAAUACUCAUAAUUUUCUUUACAAAGUACCCUUCAAGUUUCUCUCUUUGCACUCAUUUUCAAGUAUAAACAAUGCCAACUUUAAUCAUCUCCCUCUCGAUAUUCAGAGAUUCUUGUCACUUUUACAUGAAUUCUCAAAUACCCUUUUGUCUGUUAAAUCUAUCCAUGCCCAGAUUAUCACGAAUUCUGUAUCUAAACACCAUUUUUUGUCAUCCAAUUUGGUUAGAAGUUAUAGUGAACUGGGUUGUUUGGGGCUUGCCAGGAAAGUGUUUGAUAAAAUUCCUCAACCAAAACCCAUUCUUUGUAAUUCAAUGCUUAAUGGGUAUUUGAGAAAUCAGUGUUAUAAGGAAACUAUUGAGUUGUUUGAACUAAUGGGGGCUUCAGAUUGGGGAUUCGAUAGUUAUUCGUGUAAUUUUGUGUUGAAGGCUUGUAUGGAACUAGAAGAUUAUGAAAGGGGAAGGGAAGUAAUCAAGAGAGCUGCGGAUCAUAGAGUGGAUGGUGAUAAGUUUUUGGGAAGUUCAAUGGUUAAUUUCUUUAUGAAAUUCGGUGAUUUCGAUAGUGCGAGACUGGUUUUUAAUCAGAUGAUCAGCAGAGAUGUUGUUUGUUGGAAUUCAAUGAUUGGUGGUUAUGUAAAGGGAUGUUACUAUGUUGCAGCUUUUGAUUUGUUUCUUGAGAUGAUUCUUUGUGGUGUUAGGCCAAGUGCUAUAACUAUGGUCAGUUUGGUUCAAGCUUGUGGAGGAACGAGGAAUUUAGAACUAGGGAAACGCGUUCAUGGAUUGGUUCUCGUAUUCGGAUUGGGAACUGAUGUUUUAGUGCAUACUGCAUUGAUUGAUAUGUAUAGUAAGUUGGGUGAACAUGAAAGAGCUCAAUCAGUUUUCGAUAUCAUGCCUGCAAAAACUCUGGUUUCAUGGAAUGUUAUAAUCUCAGGGUAUGUUCAGAAUUGUUUGGUAUAUGAAGCUUUCGAUCUGUUUCAGAAAUUAAUAUUAACUGGUGGUGGUUUCGAUUCAGGAACCAUAAUUAGCCUCCUCCAAGGUUGUGCUCAAGUGGCAGAUUUGGAAAGUGGGAAGGUUCUCCAUGGUUAUAUUUUCCGGAAAGGCCUCGACAUAAACGUUAUUUUGUGUACAGCAUUAGUAGAUUUGUAUUCCAAGUGUGGUGCCUUAAAGGAGGCAACUUUUGUGUUUGAUAGGAUGAAGAAUCGAAAUGUGAUUACAUGGACUGCUAUGCUUGUCGGAUUAGCACAAAAUGGCCACGCCGAAGAUGCCAUAAGAUUAUUUGGUAAGAUGCAAGAAGAGGGAGUCACUGCAAAUUCUACAACUUUGGUUAGUUUAGUCCACUGUUGUGCACACUUGGGUUCAUUGAAGAAAGGAAGGAGUGUGCAUGCUCGAUUGUUACGGCAUGGUUAUGCUUUCGACGUAGUUAACAGGACAGCCUUGAUUGAUAUGUAUGCCAAGUGUGGAAACAUUAACUAUGCUGAGAGGUUAUUCGAAGAUGUGUCCUUUCUUAAAGAUGUUAUAUCAUGGAAUUCUAUGAUCACAGGCUAUGGCAUGCAUGGUCAAGGACACAAAGCUCUUGAUCUCUAUCACCGAAUGUUAGAUGAGGGACUCAAGCCGAAUAAAACUACAUUUGUCUCUCUUCUAUCCGCUUGUAGUCACUCAGGGCUCGUGGACCAAGGAAGAAGAUUGUUUCUGAGCAUGGAAAGCGACCAUAACAUCAGGGCUAAUGAGAAGCAUUAUGCUUGCUAUGUCGAUCUUCUUAGCAGAGCAGGACAUAUCAAAGAAGCGGAGGUAUUGAUCAAUCAAAUGCCCUUUCAAUCGAGCCGUGAAGUUUUCGAAGCAUUGCUAAAUGGUUGUAGAAUGCACAAGAACAUUGAUAUCGGCAUAAAAGCUGCAGACUAUUUAUUAAGUUUGGACGCAACAAACCCGGGUAUUUACAUCAUGUUAUCAAACAUAUAUGCUGAAGCAAGGAGAUGGGAUGCAGUAGAUCAUAUUCGAGGUCUCAUGAGGGGACGCGGACUGAAAAAAACACCAGGAUGCAGCCUGAUUGAAGUUGGAAAACAGCUCCAUGCGUUUUUUGCUGGUGAAGAUUCACAUCCGAACUCGGUCGAAAUCGAUCAGAUUCUCGAGAACUUGAAAUCAGAACUUGAAGCUUUAGGUUAUGUACCGGAUACAAGUUGUGUUCUUCAUGACGUAGAUGAGGCGAUGAAGAUCAAAUCACUGUGGAGGCAUAGUGAGAGGUUAGCUAUCGCUUUCGGACUUUUACAUACACCGGCAGGAAGCUUGAUAAGGAUCAGUAAGAACCUCCGUGUAUGUGGUGAUUGCCAUACAGUGACUAAAUAUAUAUCAAAGGUGGUAAAGAGGGAGAUUAUCGUAAGAGAUGCUAACCGUUUCCAUCACUUUGUUGAUGGAAAAUGUUCUUGCAAUGAUUAUUGGUGAAAAUGAUUUGAUUGCGAUGUUAAAAUAUUUAA